AUGGCGGGGGUCUUCAGCCCUCCGGCCCGGCUGGGCGCCCGGGAGCGCACGGAGGGCGACGGGCCCAGCGCGCUGGCCAGGUACCUGGACGAGGAGAUCGGGAAGGCGGUGGCGAAGUACGACGAGCUCUGGGCGGUAGAGGACCCCGAGGAGAACCCGUACAAGUCGAAGUACCUGGCGCGGGCCCUCUUGGAGGCCGCCGUGCGGGAGGUGGAGCAGCUGCUGCCUGCGGCCGCCGACGACGCCGAGGCAGAGAGGGGGCGAGAGAUGCUGGCGCGGCUGUCCCUCUUCCUCGGCAAGAAUCUGUACUUCUGCGAGGAGGUGCCAGGCGCGGAGCGCCACUUCACCCGGGCUCUCGAGGGGUACCUGCGCUCGCCCCUGCGCCAGGAUCCAGACCGCUUCUGCUACAUCCAAGAUGCGCUCAACCAGAUAGGCAUGCUGUGGUGCAAUCGGCACGGGUUCAGCGAGGGUUUCAAUUACCUCCGGCGGGCUCAGAUCAUGUUCGUCAACCGUCCGGCCGUCGUGCGAGAGCAGAGGGAGGAGCGCGCGAACGACCACUACACGCUGACGAUGUUCUACUUGGCGCAGGCGUACGGCCACCUGCAGAAGCCGGCGCUCUCCGCGCGCUUCUGCGCGGAGACCAUGGCCCGGCAGCUGGAGCACAAUUCUCCCGAGCGGAGGAGCAAGGAGGCCCUGGAGAGGGACCCUUUUGACUGCAAGGACUGGGUGAGGAACUGCUGCUCGCUCUCCGACUUCUUCGCCAGCGAGUGCAUGUUCUGGACCGCCGAGUACCUCCUGCACGCGGCCUGCGUCAUGUGCCAGAGGUGCGGGGAGAUCUGCGGCCUGGAGCCGGACGGUCUGGCCGAGCUGCACGCGGAGUGCAGGCGCGACCUGGGCGCCCUCUACAGUCAGCGCCUGAAGUUCUCCAAGACCUGCGCGGAGCACCCGGGGCUCGGCGAGGACGCUUGGCGGGGGGAGCACGCGAAGAGGGCCGCCGAGACCGCGCCCAGCGAGGGCGCCCGCCUGACCUUUGCGAGCGGCGAGCCCGUGCUCUGGGACGACGUGUUCCCAGAGGUGGUGCACCUGGAGGACGAGGAGGCCCAGAUAGAGGCCUCCCAAACAGAGGGCCCUGGUCUGGAGGGUCCCCAAGUGGAGGACGAGGAGGCCCAAGCAGAGGGCCCUGGAGCGGGCAAGAUGUGA